CGCUCCCAGCUUGUCUGUCUGUCUUCAGGGUGCACCCUCCUCCUGGUCCGGGGUUGCACCUCGACUCUGGGUUUGGCUUGAUUUGCAGCCGGAGCGUCGCCUCCAGACUGAGAGUGGCACGAGCUCCCGGGCAGCGGCCUCUUCGGUCUCCUCCUCUCCUCGGCCGCCCCUGGGUUUCCGAGGGGUGCGGGAUCCCUGAGGGGGCGGGGGGCGGGCGCGGUGUGGUGGGGACGUAGGGAUCUCCGUUCUCGGGGAGCCUCCCUUGCAUUCUCCCUCCCUCCCAGGUCCGAGCAGCCCCUAGGCUACCAUGUCUGCAGCCUGGAUCCCGAUUCUCUGCCUUGGUGUCUGUCUUUUGCUGCUGCUGCCACAGACCGCGGGCAGCGAGGGAGCCGUUCCCAUCGCUAUCACAUGCUUUACCAGAGGCCUGGACAUCAGGAAAGAAAAAGCAGAUGUGCUCUGUCCAGGCGGUUGCCCUCUGGAGGAAUUCUCCGUGUUUGGGAACAUAGUAUAUGCUUCUGUAUCAAGCAUAUGUGGUGCCGCCAUCCACAGGGGGGUAAUCAGCAACUCAGGGGGACCCGUAAGAAUCUAUAGCCUACCAGGUCGAGAAAACUAUUCCUCAGUAGUUGCUAAUGGCAUCCAGUCUCAGACGCUUUCCAGAUGGUCUGCUUCUUUCACAGUGACAAAAGGCAAAAGUGGUACCCAGGAAGCCACAGGACAAGCAGUGUCCACAGCACGUCCAGCAAUAGGUAAACGACUAAAGAAAACACCGGAGAAGAAAACUGGCAAUAAGGACUGUAAAGCAGACAUUGCAUUUCUGAUCGAUGGAAGUUUUAAUAUCGGGCAACGCCGAUUUAAUCUACAGAAGAAUUUUGUUGGGAAAGUGGCUCUAAUGUUAGGAAUUGGAACAGAAGGACCGCACGUGGGCCUUGUUCAAGCCAGUGAACAUCCCAAAAUAGAAUUUUACUUGAAAAACUUUACAUCAGCCAAAGAUGUUUUGUUUGCCAUAAAGGAAGUAGGUUUCAGAGGGGGUAAUACCAAUACAGGAAAAGCCUUGAAGCACACCGCCCAGAAAUUCUUCACAGCAGACACUGGAGCGAGAAAAGGGAUUCCCAAAGUGGUGGUGGUAUUCAUUGAUGGCUGGCCUUCUGAUGACAUUGAGGAAGCAGGCAUUGUGGCCAGAGAGUUUGGUGUCAAUGUAUUUAUAGUUUCUGUGGCUAAGCCUAUCCCUGAGGAACUGGGAAUGGUUCCGGAUGUUGCAUUUGUUGACAAGGCUGUCUGUCGGAGUAAUGGCUUCUUCUCUUACUACAUGCCCAAUUGGUUUGGCACCACAAAAUACGUAAAACCUCUGGUACAGAAGCUCUGCACUCAUGAGCAAAUGGUGUGCAGCAAGACCUGUUACAACUCAGUGAACAUUGCCUUUCUAAUUGAUGGCUCCAGUAGUGUUGGAGAAAGUAAUUUCCGCCUCAUUCUUGAAUUUAUUUCCAACAUAGCUAAGAUUUUUGAAAUCUCAGACAUUGGUGCCAAGAUAGCUGCAGUACAGUUCACCUACGAUCAGCGCACAGAAUUCAGUUUCACUGACUAUAGCACCAAAGAGAAUGUCCUAGCCGUUAUCAGAAACAUCCGCUAUAUGAGUGGUGGGACAGCUACUGGUGAUGCCAUUUCCUUUACUGUUAGAAAUGUGUUUGGUCCCAUGAGGGACAGCCCCAACAAGAACUUCCUGGUAAUUGUCACAGAUGGGCAGUCCUAUGAUGAUGUUCGAGGGCCUGCUGCUGCUGCACAUGAUGCAGGUAUCACCAUCUUCUCUGUUGGUGUGGCUUGGGCACCUCUGGAUGACCUGAAAGAUAUGGCCUCUAAACCAAAGGAGUCGCAUGUUUUCUUCACAAGAGAGUUCACAGGAUUAGAACCAAUCGUUUCUGAUGUCAUCAGAGGCAUCUGUAGAGAUUUCUUAGAAUCCCAGCAAUAAUGGUGACAUUUUGACAACUGAAAGAAAAAGUGCAAGGGGAUGUAUAAGUUGUUUUUAGUAAUACUGAAAUACUAUAUAGCAUACUAAGAUCAGACACAAAACUAUUAUACUAAAGAUGGCAAAAAUGUAAGCAAGUAAGCAUUCAUUUAAAGUUGCCUUCUAAUUACAGUUCAGACUCCAUUGUUCAAAACACUCUGCUGAGGCUUCAUAAUCACGAACCUUAGAAACUCAGGAAAGAGGAGAUACCGUAGAUUGUAAUUUUAAGAGUUCUAUUUUAACAUGCAUAUUAAAUGUAUAGAUAUGCAAAUUCUAUAGCUCAAUAAAAGCAGCUGAUAUUUAGACCAAAAGCAA